UAUUACUCCUCAAAAUGACUUUUUACACAAAUCUGGCACAAGGUGCCUCCACAAAUGGACAUACAACACAAAAAGGACUUACAACUUUAAAACGCGAAACAACCACCAUGAUGGAACCUAUCGAGUUAGAACUUCGUAGUGAUAAAAUUAUUCCUGAUCUUUCAAGCUUAGAUGUGGUUCCGGAGCAUGUUUUGAAGGUGGUUUAUGAAGGAGAUGUUCCCGUUUGUUUUGGAAACAGUUUAAAAGCGGCUGUGGCUGUUGCUGUUCCAGAAAGUGUAUCAUGGUACAGCGAAGAAGCCAAUAUCACAUUCCAUACAAUAGUUUUUGUUGACCUUGAUGCACCGUCGCAAGAAAAUCCAACAGAAAGAGAGUGGUUGCAUUGGAUUGUAGGUAAUAUACCCGACGAAAAGUUAAAAUCAGGACAAACGAUAGCUGAGUACACAGGCCCAACGCCUAUGCACGGAAAUGGCACUCAUAGGUACGUUUUCCAGUUAUUUCUCCAAAAGAAAGGGAAAAUCCAUUUUGAAGAGACUCACGUAACUUCCAGGGCUAAUGAUUCAAAGAGAGCUAAAUUUUCUUCGCAAAAAUUCGCCAAAAAAUAUGGUUUAGGCCGACCUUAUGCGGUGAAUUAUUUCCUAGUGACGUGGCCGGAGGAACCAGAUUCCGAGGAAGAAGACGGAACACAAGCACCUCCCCCUGCAUUCCCAGACUUGCCUGAGGGGGAAUUUGAUCUUAAAUUUCAGACCGAAAGUUAACAAUCGAAAAUUAUAAGCGUCUAAUAGUUUUAAGCUGAAUCAAACAGGAAGUAACCGAUUCACAUUUUGGACAGAAGAUAAGCUGAGAGCAGUUUUUAAUUUUACCGGCUCUACAUUUUCUCCUGUCGAAAAUUCAAAAUCGAGAAAAGAUAUUUUUGAAUGUCAUGCGUAAAUGGCAUCGAACUUUAUCUUUAUCAUUGAGUUCUACGGUGGAAUAAAACUUUAAACCUCUAUUUCUCGGUUUGAUUUUGAUGCGACUCGGUUUUUUACUGUUGAUCUCCUUCUGUGUCAUGUUUGUUUUUCAAAAAAGCUGUCAAGUUUCGUAAAUAUAUUUUCAUUUAAUUUA